GAACCAACAAACAGUUCGAGUGCGAGCGCCGUACGGUACGGACGUGUGGAGCACGCACAAAAUUCAAAUAAAAACACAAUACAAGAGAAAAAGAAUCGCAAAGCGUUUCAAACGAUGAUGAAAAUGAGAGUUGAGAAAUUCUAAAAUGAAAACAUGAAAUGAAUAUAAAAUACAAUGGUGAAGUGCAUAAAAUAAUAAAGCAAAAAUAAAUACAAGUAUUAAAAAAUUCUUGUUCAUAAGUGCUGUGCGUAGAAUCGAAAGGCUAUCAAAAAUUGAAAGAAAAAAAAAAAAACGUAACAAAAAAACCAAAUUAAAAAUGUCAAUUUCAAUCAAAAACUGAGCAGUGAAAACGCGAAAAACGUAACGUGAAAAAUAUACAAACGUGUAAUACCCAGGCAACAGCCCCACCACCCCAACCCCUUCAGAUUCCCAACCCAAAUCCAAGCCAGAACAUGGAGCUGCGGCUACUUCUGCUGCUGCUCCUCCUAAAAGGCAGCUGCCUGUGCGCUCUGGCGCCCAAGGAUUCGGCCAGCAGUGAUAAUAGCGCUGCCAGCCAUGCGAUGCUAGGAGGUGGCGCCGGCGCCGCCAGCGUUAGCCUCUCCAACGAUUAUAGCUCACUGCUGGCCGCCGCCAUGCAGCCGGUGGCCUCGUCUCCGGCACCGGCACACAGCGGGCCAAGUAAUCAAUGCACCUGGACAUAUAACGGCACCAGUUCGGUCUACUGUGCGCUGCGCUUGAUCGAGCGUCAGCCGGGCCUGGAUUUGCAGGGUGCCGAUGGCAGCAGCCAAUUGACCAUCAAAUGCAGCGAUUUGUAUCUAUUUGAAUCGCAGCUGCCGAUGGCUGUGUUUGCCCGCCUGCAAACGCUGGACACGCUGCGUCUGGAGUCCUGCAAGCUGCUGCAGUUGCCCAACAAUGCCUUCGAGGGCUUGAGCACACUGAAAGCCCUGAAGCUGAGCACACGCAAUGCCGAAUGGGGCCCGGCCAAGGCGCUGGAACUCUACCCGGACUCGUUAAAUGGACUGAAGCAGCUGACAGAGCUGGAUUUGAGCGAUAAUAAUUUGCGUGCCCUGCCCGCUGGCUUCCUGUGCCCCGUGGGCAAUUUGCAAACGCUCAACCUGACACGCAAUCGCAUACGCACCGCCGAACAGUUGGGCUUUGCCGACAUGAAUUGCGGCAGCGGAGGCACUGGCAGUGGCAGCGAGCUUCAGCUGCUCGAUGCCAGCCACAAUGAGCUGCGCUCCAUAACGGAAAGUUGGGGCAUCUCGCGGCUGCGUCGCCUACAGCAUUUGAAUUUACAGCAUAAUAAUAUCUCGGAGCUGUCGGGUGAGGCGCUGGCCGGUUUGGCCUCGUUGCGUAUUGUGAAUCUAAGCAACAAUCAUCUGGAGACGCUGCCGGAGGGUCUGUUUGCGGGCAGCAAGGAGCUGCGUGAGAUACACUUGCAGAACAAUGAACUGUAUGAGCUGCCCAAGGGGCUGUUUCAUCGUUUGGAGCAGCUGCUUGUGGUCGAUUUGUCGGGCAAUCAAUUGACCUCGAAUCAUGUCGAUAAUACAACAUUUGCCGGACUCAUACGUCUCAUAGUGCUCAAUUUGGCGCACAAUGCGCUGACACGCAUCGACUAUCGCACUUUUAAGGAAUUGUAUUUUCUGCAAAUACUCAAUUUGCGCAAUAAUUCGAUUGGCCAUAUCGAGGAUAAUGCCUUCUUGCCGCUCUAUAAUCUGCACACGCUCAAUCUCGCCGAGAAUCGCCUGCAUACGCUGGAUGACAAGCUCUUCAAUGGCCUCUAUGUGCUCUCCAAGCUGACGCUGAAUAAUAAUCUUAUUAGUGUGGUGGAGCCAGCUGUCUUUAAGAAUUGUUCGGAUCUCAAGGAGCUCGAUCUGAGCUCCAAUCAGCUGAAUGAGGUGCCGCGCGCUCUACAGGAUUUGGCCAUGUUGCGCACCUUGGAUCUGGGCGAGAAUCAAAUACGCACUUUCGAUAAUCAAAGCUUCAAGAACUUGCAUCAAUUAACCGGUCUGCGUCUGAUCGAUAAUCAAAUAGGGAAUAUAACUGUGGGCAUGUUUGCGGAUUUGCCACGUUUGAGCGUCUUGAAUCUGGCCAAGAAUCGCAUACAGAGCAUCGAGCGCGGCGCAUUUGAUAAGAACUAUGAACUGGAGGCGAUUCGCUUGGAUCGUAAUUUUCUUUCCGACAUAAAUGGCGUGUUUGCCACACUGGUCUCGCUGCUCUGGCUGAAUCUCUCCGAGAAUCACUUGGUCUGGUUUGAUUAUGCAUUUAUACCCUCCAAUCUCAAGUGGCUGGAUAUACAUGGCAAUUAUAUCGAAGCAUUGGGCAAUUACUACAAGCUGCAGGAGGAGAUACGCGUCAAGACCCUCGAUGCCAGUCAUAAUCGCAUUACGGAAAUUGGCCCAAUGUCCAUACCGAAUACCAUUGAGCUGCUGUUCAUAAAUAACAAUCUAAUUGGCAAUGUUUUACCCAAUGCCUUUGUCGACAAAUCCAAUUUGGCACGCGUCGAUCUCUAUGCGAAUCAGCUGAGCAAAUUGCAGCUGCAACAGCUGCGUAUCGCUCCGGUGCUGGCGCCCAAACCUUUGCCGGAAUUCUAUUUGGGCGGCAAUCCCUUUGAGUGCGACUGCACCAUGGACUGGCUGCAGCGCAUCAAUAAUCUGACAACACGCCAGCAUCCGCGUGUCAUGGAUAUGCCAAAUAUUGAGUGCGUCAUGCCGCAUGCUCGCGGUGCUGCAGUGCGUCCGUUAAGCGCGUUGCGUCCACAGGACUUUCUCUGCCGCUACGAAUCGCAUUGCUUUGCGCUGUGCCAUUGCUGUGACUUUGAUGCCUGCGACUGCGAGAUGACCUGCCCGCACAAUUGCACCUGCUAUCACGAUCAGAUUUGGUCCACCAAUGUGGUCGAUUGCGGCAAUCAGUUGACCAUGGAGCUGCCGCGUCGUGUGCCCAUGGACUCGAGCAUUGUCUACUUGGAUGGCAACAAUUUCCCGGUGCUCAAGAAUCACGCCUUCAUUGGACGCAAAAAUCUGAAGGCCUUGUAUGUGAAUGGCAGCCAGGUGGCAGCCAUACAAAAUCGCACUUUCGCUAGUCUGGCCACACUACAGCUGCUGCAGCUAUCCGAUAAUCGCCUGCAGACGCUGCAUGGUUAUGAGUUUGAGCAAUUGUCCGCCCUGAGGGAGCUGUAUUUGCAUAAUAAUCAGCUGGCCAACAUUGAGAAUGGCACGCUGGCGCCGUUGGUCUCCUUGGAGCUGCUGCGUCUCGAUGGCAAUCGCCUGGUCACACUGCCCAUCUGGCAGCUGCAUGCGACACACUUUGGUCAGCGAUUGCGCGCCAUAUCGCUGGGGCGCAAUCAGUGGAGCUGCCGCUGCCAGUUCCUGCAGGCGCUCACCUCCUAUGUGGCAGAGAAUGCGCUGAUUGUCCAGGAUGCACAGGAUAUCUACUGCAUGGCGGCACCGAAUACGGCGGCUGCAGCUUAUGCGGACAGCAGCUCGAUGGGCGCUGGCACACAGAAACGGGAAUUGGAUUUCAAUUCAACUGGUGCGGCCUGCACCGACUACUAUUCGGGUGGCUCUAUGCUGCAGCAUGGCAUACCCGAAUCCUAUAUACCGCUGCUGGCGGCCGCCUUGGCGCUCAUCUUUCUGCUGGUCGUCAUCAUCAUUGUGUUUGUCUUCCGGGAAUCCCUGAGAAUUUGGCUUUUUGCGCAUUACGGGGUGCGCGUGUUCGGGCCACGCUGCGAGGAAUCGGAGAAACUCUACGAUGCCCUGUUGCUGCACUCCGCCAAGGAUUCGGAGUUUGUGUGCCAGCAUCUGGCCAGUGAACUGGAAACGGGUCGGCCGGCGUUGCGCGUCUGUUUGCAGCAUCGGGAUUUGGCACACGAUGCCACACACUAUCAGCUGCUGGAGGCGAGUCGUGUGUCCCGGCGUGUUGUCAUCCUCUUGACACGCAAUUUCCUGCAAACGGAAUGGUCACGCUGUGAGCUGCGCCGAUCCCUGCACGACGCACUGCGCGGUCGCCCACAGAAGCUGGUCAUCAUUGAGGAGCCCGAGGUGGCCUUUGAGGCGGAGAGCGACAUUGAGCUGUUGCCAUAUUUGAAGACCUCGGCGGUGCAUCGCAUCCGGCGCACCGAUCGUCAUUUCUGGGAAAAACUGCGCUAUGCUCUGCCCGUCGACUAUCCCACCUAUAGGGGCAACAACUAUACGCUGGACCAUAAUCACGAGCGCAUCAAGCAGCCGGCCAGUCCGGGUCUGCUCUAUCGCCAGGCACCGCCGCCUGCCUACUGUGGCCCGGCGGAGGCGGCGGCGGCUGCCGUGGCUGCUGCUACUGCUGCCGUGGCUGAGCAAAAUUAUUCCACGGCUACGACGGCCACGCCCAGUCCCAGACCGCAGCGACGCGGUGAACGUGAGGGUGUGGGCGUGGCUGUUGGCGUGGGCGUCAAUCCAGGGGGGCCGCAUCAUUUGCAUGCACAAUAUUAUCAACACCAUGGCAUGCGUCCGCCCUCGGAGCACAUCUACUCCAGCAUCGAUUCGGACUAUUCCACGCUGGACAACGAGCAGCACAUGCUGAUGAUGCCAGCUGCCGGAGCAGCAGCUUCGCUCGAGUCACAGCAGCGGGCACAGACCUGGCGACCACAGCCCAAGCAGCAGCUGCAGACGGCACAUGCGGGCACACUGGGUCCCAGCACAGCGGUCAAGUCCAAUCCUCAACAGCAGCAGCAGCAGCAGCAGCAGCAGCAGCAACAACAGGCGAGUGGCCAACAGCAGGGCCCACAUGUGCAGGCGUAUCUGGUAUGAAGAGAGAGGGACAGCGUAAGGUAAAGCAGGAGACGCAUUAAGUGAAAGAGAAGCAGAUAUAUAUGUUGGAGGAUGCCUGUCCAGCAUUUGGACAGAGUGACAGUGAUUUCUAUAGGGACUGGUUCCUGGUGCAUCAUUUUAAUUACUAAAUUAUGUGCGAGCUAAAAUUAAGAGAAAGGGCGAGAGACAGCAAAGGGUGCAUUAGAAAAGGAGACAGAGACAAAGAAAGAGAGAGUGUGAGUGGGAGUGGGAGAAAGAGAGAGAACAAGUGCGAGUGCGAGUGCAAGGCAGCUAAAGUAAAUUAUAAAUUCUGUCUACAGUCCAAAAUUGCAGUUAUACAAACCCAAA